GUAUAAGGUAAAACAAACAAAAACAAUUUUAAUUCAUAAAUUUCGUAAAACCAAAGGUAUAUAAAGAAUUUAAGGAUCAUGGCAACAAGCUCCAUCGAUUCGCCGACUCCAAUUUCUGUAGGCCCUAAUGAGAUGCAAAUGGAUUUCAGUAAAUUAUGCAGAAUUUGUUUAUUAGACAAUGCCACAGUAAAUAUCACAGAUCAGACAGCAAGUGUUUGCACAACUGAGGAGGGAAUCGAAACUGAAACACAAGACUACACAAUACUUGAACUUAUUUUGGAAAUGUACGACAAGCACAUUUGUCUGGAUCUGAUCCCAGAGGCCCCCAUGAUCUGCAUUGAGUGCCUAGACAACUGUCUACAGAAUUACAAAUUUUUCAUAAAAUUAAAAAUUGCCAAUUUGCAGUUGAGAGAAUUAUACAAAGCAAAAGAUUUGCAUUUGGAAGUCGUCACAGAAGAGGAAUCCAUCGAUGAUUUCAAUGAAAUUAUUGUAAUGGAAAUACCUAACGAUGAACAAAAUAACUCAAAAGAAUCGCCAUCACAAGAAACUCCAGAAAGUAUUUCAAAUCAAGAUUCCCUAAUUGUCUCGGAUUUCCUACCCGUUCGUCAAGUACAAAAGGAUUCAGGUUAUACGUAUCCUGCCGUACAUACCUUAGACUAUGCUGCCGUUGAACUCAAUCGUGAUAACCUGCAAGAGUACAUUGAGGCAAAUCGCCAACAAGAUUCGUUUCCGGAAUACAGUGGAACCAGCGUCUACAAAUGUCGAUAUUGUCCCAUGGCGUAUGCUUCAUCAGAGUUUUUAAAAACUCAUAUGCGUAAAACACACGUUUGCCAAUAUUGUACCAUGUCCUUUGUCAAAGUUAGAGAUCUCAAUGAGCACAUUAGGAACAAUCAUUCACAUCAUUCCUGUGUGGUUUGCAAAAAAGUAUUUGUCUCCAAUACCAAUCUAAGAGCACAUAUCAAGCAUUUACAUGGCAUACAACUGCCCGCCCAGGUUGCACUAUUAGACUAUCGUCCAGGCAAUUCCAACGAAAGUUUGGAAUGAUCAAGCUAACAAAAGCAGAGACUGCUGGACUAUUUUUAUAGAUGUUAACAAAAACUUGUUUUUUAAUUUAUCUGAAAUAAAAUGUUGAAAGAA